AUAUCCAGGCUGGAAAUCCUGGUGUGAAACUGCAAGAUAUUUUCCGGAGGGUUUGGUUUCACAUCGCUACAGAAGAUGAUCAGGGUUAGCAUGAUUUCUAUUUGGCCUAAAAAUUAAUUUAAAAGAUUUUGUAUUAGUUCAUUUAAUAUGAACUAAUACGUGAGAACAUCUUUACUGAAACAUCUUCAUUCUGAGGACUUUGACCACGAAACUCGCAGAGAAAAGAGAAAACAAGAAUGUCACUAAAAAGUUUCUGUGUUUCCAAGAUGAUUCACAACGGAGAUGGAUUCAUUUCUGGACUCUUUCUCAGCAUUUUUAUUUUGAUUCACCUCAAUGAAGGUCAGUCGCUGGAGGCGGAUUUGUCUCCGACGAUCAGAGCGAUGCCUGGUGAAGACGUCGUCCUGCCGUGUCAUGUGGAUCCUCCUCUGGACCUUUCUCAGUUUACGGUGGAGUGGGGGAGGCCAGACCUCAAACCCAGAUUUGUUCAUGUUUGGCACAACCAGAAGGAAUAUUUAGCCGACCAAAACAAAGUCUUCAAGGGAAGAACGUCUCUGUUCAAUGACAAACUGAAGGACGGAAACUUUUCACUGAAACUGUCUGAUGUGAGACACUCUGACAACGGAAGAUACAGAUGUUACAACCCAAAAGAGAAAACAGAAUACUUUAUCGGUCUUCUUGUUGGUUCUGUUUCCUCACCUGGAAUCAGUUUAUCAGGACUUGAUAAAAGCUCUGCUGGAGUGAAGCUGGACUGCAGCGCUGCAGGCUGGUAUCCAGAACCUGAGCUGUUCUGGCUGGACGGAGACGGGAACAUCAUGUCUGCUGGACCUGCAGAGAAAAGCCCAGAUCCUGAUGGUGUUUACACUGUUAGCAGCAGAGUGACUGUAGAGAAGAGAAACUACAACAACUUUACCUGCAGAGUCCAACAGAGAGACAUCAACCAGAGCAGAGAGACACACAUUCAUGUUCCAGACGAUUUCUUCAUGAAUGAGUCCAGCUGCUCCGUUUCUAUCAGCUUCAAUGUGAUUUUAGUCGUCAUGUUUGUUCUUGGAGUCACUUUUCUUAUUUGGAUGAAGCAACAAAACCAAAAGAAAAAGAAAAAGUUAACAAAGAAAAUCAAUGAAGAGCAAAAGAACCUCAUUACAGCAGCAAAACUAGAGGAGGAGCAAGAAAAGAGCAAGAAGGAACAGAAAAUCAUUGAUCAGCAGAUUAAUGCGUUAAAGGAGAUGUCAGAGGAACUAAAUAUGCAGAAAAAACUAUUUGAUGAUCAAACGGUGGAGACAGCAAAAAUGAUUGAUGAAGAUGAGAAGAAGUUUAAGGCUGUUGAUGAGGAAGUAAACCAGACGGGGAACAUGACAGAAAAAAAAGCACAAGGAUAUUUAAAACUGAAGGAAAUUAUAACAGAGAGCAAAGAGAAACUGACUAAGAGAAAGCAAGGUCAACAAGAGGUCGGAUUUAUGACAGAUAAACUAAUAAAGAGAACAAACGAUGAAAUUAACAAGCUGGAGGAGAGAAAACAGGAGAUAGAAAACCAUCUAAAGGAAAUAAACAAACAACUUGAUCAAAAAGAGACACAGGAGUAAAUCUGAUGUCACUCAUGAGACAGAAAUAAAUGAAGUUUUCAUUUAUUCUGCAACAUCUUGAUAAAAGAAAAGUUUCAACAGGUUCAAACUCAGCAGAUUUACUGAAAACACUAAAACUUUUCUAUCACUGAAACACUAAAGAAAGUUUAGAUGUGAAUUUAAUCUGACAGGUGAAAAAACUGCUGGAAACUCAGAGAACAAACCUCCUGAAAACAAACCCAAAAUAUGACAAUUUUACAUAUGUAUAAAAUCUGUUUUUCUUUUAGCUUUAUAAACUUUUUAUUUACUAAAAUAAAUGAAAAAACUCAUGAAAUAUAUCUGAAAAUAAACCAAUGACAUUUUUGUAUAAUCUGAUUUAUACUGAAUAAGCACACAGGUGGUUUAAAUGUUUAAAUAAUGUUUAUUUUUUCAAUAUAUUUUCUUUGUAAUAACAAAUAAAUCAGAUUUUCUAUUCCACUGAGUGUCCUAUCAUUGAUGAGAUACUCAGAAAUAAAACAUGUAAAAUGUUGCUGUUAUUAGAAAUUAAACAGUUCAUUCUAAAAUAAUGUUUAUUUUACUUAUGGAGCUUUAAUCAUUUUUUUAAUCAAAAUAACACCCUGUUGUUUUUUAUAUCAAUAUUUAAAUCUUAAUGUUUUUUCACCAUCAUAAAGCCUCAUCUGUCAUUCUUAUAAUCUUUGAUAAAAUUACAGGGAAGAGAAAAUUCUGAACUUUAUUGUUUUACUUCAUCUUUACUUUUUCACAUCAGUGUAGAAUAAUUUUAGCUUUUCUUUUAGUUCAGUAAAAAUUAUAAGCUGUUAAUUUUAGGUUUAUAUUGAAUGUUGUCUUCUAACAACAUGCAGAAAGUGGAAAACAGUUGGACAUUCACAGAGUUAUGGGGAUUGAACCUGACAGUUUUUAUGAUGAUAUGAAUAUUUCUAAUCAGUGUUCAGAGAAUUAUCCGUUCUCCAUCAGGUUCUUUAUGUGUGAGGUUGAAGAAGAGUCAGUGAGUUGAAUUCAUGAAUUAAUUUAUUGAUACCAAAUAAUUUUCCAUAGUUCAUGCUAUCUUUAUGAGCAAGCAGAGUAAAAUGACAUCAAGCAACAGUUUUAUAUCCCUGGGUAAAAAUAUUAACUUUAAAAUCCUGUAAUGUUUUAAAUCAUUUUAUCUAGGAUCUAAAAAUACCGAAACAGCGAAUUAUAAAAUCUGGUUUUAUAACAUUUCAGUGAUGCCUCAUCAGGACUGAUCUGGAUCUGCUUCAUUUCAUCAUCUAGUUGUCAAACCAGUGAAAUAAGCAGGAAAUUCAGAAUCAAUACAAACACUUAGAAAUGUGAAGAAUAUCAGAUGGUUUUCAGUUUAUGAUGGUAAAAGGUUAAGAUUCUAAAUUUUGUACUUUCAGUCUCAGUUCUAAAUUGAUGUUUCUGAUUUUGUAACAUUCUGGACAUUUUACUGGAAUAUGUUGUUACCUCAGUAUUAAAGUCUCUAUUUUUUCUGCAACAGAGAUGAAUGCUGAGCUGACGGGGAAAAUAAAACGACUUGGUGAUACACGGGACAAAGUGAAAGAUGAACUGGAGAAGCAGAAACAGGAUAUUUUACAGCAGCUUGAAGAAGUCCAGAAUCAAAAAGAAAAAAACAAAAAGGAUCUUCAGUCGACGCAGAAAGAAAUAACAGAGAAACAAACGUUUGAUGAAAAAGAAUCAUGUUUAGUAAAAAAAAAGAAGAAUUACUACAAACCCAGUGGAAACUGGAUAAGAGAAAGAAAAAUUAUGAAAGACAGCUACUGAACAUUGAAAAGGUUUUGGAACCUAUAGAGAUUCAGAUGGCAAGAGAAAAUAAAUGAGCUAAUUAAACUUUUGGAAUAUUAAUGAUUAUAAUGUUAAUGACAAAACAGUGGAUUGAUUGGAAUCCUAAUGAGUAUGGAAACUGAAAUCAUUAACAAUAGCUCAUGACAAAUGAAUAAAUAAUUACUUCCAUUAAAACUGAACAAAAGUGUUUCUCAUGAGAAUUUAUUCUCAUAUUUGAAAUAUUCUCAAAAAAUUGGUGAGAAGGGAGAAUUAGUGCUACCUUUACUUCAAUGUUUGCAAGGAUGCUAAUUUGUUUUGCAGGCUUAAGUGUUUUUUUCUUUGUAUUUAUAAAAUAAUGUAAACUUUUGGUCAGACUUUUUUUUAUUGGAGAGCUGCCUUUGAUUUAAUCCCAGUUUCUCCUGUUUGUGCUUGUUAGGUGGAUUAUUUUGCUGUUUUUUAUUUUUUGUUUUCUUGGAGUUAGCUAAGAUCAACUUUAAUUUUCUUUCAGGGUUUGUAAUGUUGGCAUGAUCUCUUCCUGAAUCUAAUCAUGUGUUUGUACUAUGAAGAGUCAAAAUAUGGAAUAAAACAAAUAUUAAAUUUAA